AUGGCACACAUCUUUGACAUAGCGGGGGCUAUCAGGGAUACAUCAGGCCUUUACAAAAACGGGGUCAAGAUCGAUCCGCAUCGUGUCAAGUUCCCCUCGACCGACGUCUUCCAUGGCAUCAACAAAGCGUCUCGCAUUGAAGGCGACGUCUUCGAUCUCGAAGCCACAGGAAGCAUUCCACCAGAGAUAGACGGCACCUUCUUUCGCGUACAGCCGGACCACCGAUACCCCCCGAUGUACGAGGGUGACAUCCAUUUCAACGGCGACGGAAAUGUGACGGCAAUCCGUAUCUCGCACGGCCACGCCCAUUUCAAACAGCGCUACGUCCACACGGAACGGUAUCGCCAUGAGACCGCGGCUGGAAGAGCACUAUUUGGCAAAUAUCGCAACCCACACACCGACAACGAAGUGGUAAAAGGGGUUAUUCGUACCGCGGCGAACACGAAUGUAUUCUUCUGGCGCGGUAUGCUGCUGGCGACAAAGGAGGAUGGACCUGCGUACGCUUUGGACCCGGAGACAUUGGACACGAUCGGCAGAUACGACUUCGAGGGCCAGGUUCUAUCCCCAACGUUCACGGCUCACCCGAAAUUCGACCCCAUCACAGGCGAGAUGGUAUGCUACGGCUAUGAAGCAGGUGGUAACGGCAACGAUGGGUCCUGCGAUAUCGUUGUCUACACCAUCAGCCCUGACGGAGUCAAGACGGAGGAAGCCUGGUACAAAGCGCCGUUUUGUGGCAUCAUUCACGAUUGCGGCAUCUCUGAGAACUACCUUGUCCUCCCCAUGACACCUUUGAAAUGCGACGCUGAAAGGUUGAAGAAUGGAGAAAACCACUGGGCAUGGGACCCCGAAGAAGAUCAGAUGUACGGCAUAGUCCCUCGGCGUGGUGGAAAGCCUGAGGAUAUCAUUUGGCUGCGCUCUCGAAAUGCAUUUCAAGGCCACACUGCUGGAUGCUACGAGGACGAGAAUGGCCACAUUGUCUUCGACCUGACUAUCGCCGACGGCAACGUAUUCUUCUUUUUCCCUCCCGUCGACAAGCCAGUGACGAUUCCGAAGCUCGUCAACAAGACAACACGCUGGAAAUUCGAUCCAAAGGCCAAGACCGGCUCGUACGUAGAACCGUUCGAAGAGCUUGGUACUCUGCCCGGGGAGUUCUCCCGCAUCGAUGACCGCCUCAUUACCCAGAAAUACAACCACUUCUGGCAGUGCCUUAUCGAUCCGAGCCGGCCAUAUGACGCGGAGCUCUGCGGCGUUCCGGUCGGUGGGCUGUUCAACUGUCUCGGACAUUUCACCUGGAAGGACAACAACUUCAGCGACGUGUUCUACGCAGGUCCCACGUGUACAUUCCAGGAGCCGACAUACAUCCCGAAGCAAGGAGGCGAAGAAGGAGAGGGGUGGAUCAUCGCACUGCUGAACCAUCUGGACGUGUUACGGAAUGACAUCGUGAUCUUCGAUGCGAAAAAUUUGGCUGCAGGCCCGCUUGCCAUAAUCCAUUUGCCGUUUGCACUGAAACUCGGCUUGCACGGUAACUGGGUCGAUCAGAGCGAGAUCCAGGCCUGGCAGGAACGUAGGAGUGCAGAUGGGGAUCUGGGACCGGUGAAGGCGGCAGAUCGACCUCUCCCGUGGCAAUUGAAGGAGGCUGCAGAUACGAAUGGGCACGGAACUGCCGAGUUGAACGGGCAGGUGAACGGACUGAACGGGCACUGA